CCCACGCGCCCUCUUUUCACGAAACCAAGAUGGCGGAGAAGGAAGUGCGCCGUGAGAACCCCAUGCGGGAGUUGCGUAUCCGUAAGCUGUGUCUGAACAUCUGUGUGGGGGAGAGCGGAGACAGACUCACCCGCGCAGCCAAGGUGCUGGAACAACUGACCGGACAGACACCCGUCUUCUCCAAAGCCCGGUACACAGUGAGGUCUUUCGGCAUCCGUAGAAACGAGAAGAUCGCCGUCCACUGUACGGUCCGCGGCGCCAAGGCCGAGGAGAUCCUGGAGCGUGGGCUCAAGGUGAAGGAAUACGAGUUGCGGAAGAACAAUUUCUCGGCCACUGGCAACUUCGGCUUCGGCAUUGCCGAGCACAUUGACUUGGGGAUCAAGUAUGACCCUAGCAUCGGCAUCUACGGAAUGGACUUCUACGUGGUGCUUGGCCGUCCUGGGUUCAAUGUGAGCUGUAAGAAGCACAAGUCCGGUCGUGUUGGCUUCAAACACCGCAUCACUAAGGAAGACUCCAUGCGCUGGUUCCAACAGAAGUAUGAUGGCAUCCUGCUCCCCGGAAAGUAAACACCGACCACCAGAGGAGGACGUUCUGUCAUAUUGUCUGUAGACUCGUGUAAUAAACCAAACUUCUAUAUACACAACA